CUGUCUGAACCCUUAUCUGAUGUCACACGUUAGCAUUUGUUUAGCCAAUAAGACGCUAGCACACACACCAGCUUCAGUCCCCACUUGGCCUUACCUUUGAUGUCACAAUCUGACCUGUGGGUAUUAAUCUGGUCACAGCUGCUCACAGACCAGAUGGCAAGGUCCGGGGACUAGCACAGGAAGAUGUGGAAGAGAAGUGGCCAUCAACCCAAGAUCAAAGCAGAGGAUGGACCUCUGCCUGGCCAAUUCGAGGUUCUGGGUUCAGUUCCAGAGCCUGCCAUGCCACAUCCUCUAGAGCUGUCAGAACUCGAGAGCUUCUCGGUGUUUGAGGAUAUUAGACUUCACAUCAGGAAAGUGGGAGCUCAAUUGGUCAAGAAAGUCAAUGCCAUCUUUCAGCUGGACAUCACCAAAGAUGGGAAGAUCAUUCUGCAGCGGACCAUUGAUCUGAAGAAUGGUUCUGGGGACAUGUAUCCGGGACCUGCCAGGCUCCCAGCAGACACUGUCUUUACAAUCCCGGAGCCCGUCUUUAUGGAGCUGGCUUUGGGCAAAAUGAACCCACAGAAGGCUUUCCUUGCUGGCAAGUUCAAAGUGAGUGGCAAGGUUCUGCUUUGCCAGAAGCUGGAAAGGGUUUUCAAAGACUGGGCUAAAUUUUAAGCAUGCAAAAAUACCAAGGAAGAUCUUCUCUUCGAUGAUAAUGUCGAGUGGAAAUCAUGCUUAAUCUGAAUAUUAAAGUAAAAAGUAUCCAAUAUUUUUACUCAAA